AUGACGGUGCUUCGCGCUUUCCUGCUGCUGCUCUGUGCGCUCGCCGCCGCGCACCUGGCGGCCGCGGCGGAGUUCAACCCCGCUCUCGCCACUCUCGCCGCAAGGCCCGACGACAGUCUCCUCGCCACGGGGAAGGAGCUCGCAGACGACGCAAGCGAGGACGCCGCGGCGGAUGUGGCAUUAACGAACCGCGCUCUCGCGGAGGAGGGCGAGGAGUCGCCCCAUGAUGGCGCUGUUCGCGUCCUGGCCGAGGACGACCUGCUCUCCCUGCUCGCGGAGGGCGCUGCGCAUGCUGACGUGCCAGACACGCGGAGGAGCCUGAAGAAGAAGGGGAAGAAGAAGGGGAAGAAGGGCAAGAAAUGCAAGAAGGGGAAAAAGAAUGGCGGCGCGGUAACAGCACCUGGUGGGGCGGCACCAGGGGGGGCGUCACCCGAUGGGGGGGCACCUGAGGGGGCGGCACCUGGUAAGGCGGCACCUGGUGGGGCGGCACCUGGUGGGGCGGCACCUGAGAGGGCGGCACCUGGUGGGGCGGCACCUGAGGGGGCGGCACCUGGUGGGGCGGCACCUGGUAGGGCGGCACCUGAGAGGGUGGCACCUGGUGGGGCGGCACCUGGUGGGGCGGCACCUGAGAGGGCGGCACCUGGUGGGGCGGCACCUGAGGGAGCGGCACCUGGUGCUGAGACCCCUGCCGCCGCUGGCGGUGAUUCAGGUGCACCGAGUGGGGGCGGGGAGGCGGGGUCUGAUGGCGUGGCUGCUCGCAGCAUGGCGGAGGUCGACCUGCUCUCCCCGCUGCCGGAGGGAGAUGCUGAUGCUGAUGUGGCGGACAUUCGCAGGAGCCUGAAGAAGGAAGGCAAGGAGGGGAAGAAGGGCAAGAAGGGGAGGAAGGGGAGGAGGGGGAAGAAGGGGAGGAAGGGGAAGAAGGGCGAGAAGCACGAGAAGGGUGAGAAGCACGAGAAGGGUGAGAAGCACGAGAAGGGUGACAAGGGUGGGAAGGGCGAGAAGGAAGAAUGA